AAUCUCUCUCUAUCUCUCCGAUAAUUAAGCAUGUCAGCCACCUCUACUUUACACUUCCUUUCUCGUCUCCGUUUCAUCGCCAAACCCCAACGUUUCUCUCUCCCAUCACCACUCUCAACCCCUUUCCAUUUCUCACUCUUCACCAAACCAAAGAAAUCGACUCAGUUUCGAUUUUUCUCAAUGGCUGCUGCUGAACCGAAGGAAUCACCGGCUAACAACCCUGGUCUUCAUGCAACUAUAGAUGAAGCUACUAAGGGUUACUUUAUGCAACAAACUAUGUAUAGAAUCAAAGACCCCAAAGUUAGCCUUGAUUUUUACUCCCGCAUUUUGGGCAUGUCUUUGCUCAAGAGACUGGAUUUUCCGGAAUUGAAAUUCAGCUUGUACUUUAUGGGGUAUGAGGAUACAUCUGAAGCUCCAAGUAACCCUGUUGAUAGAACAGUUUGGACCUUUGCUCAAAAGGCUACAAUUGAAUUGACACAUAAUUGGGGCACAGAAAGUGAUCCAGAGUUCAAAGGGCACCACAAUGGCAAUUCGGAUCCUCGUGGUUUUGGACACAUUGGCAUAACUGUUGAUGACACCUACAAAGCUUGUGAAAGAUUUCAGAAUUUGGGAGUUGAGUUUGUUAAGAAACCAGAUGAUGGGAAAAUGAAAGGGAUAGCAUUUAUCAAGGAUCCGGAUGGAUACUGGAUUGAAAUCUUUGACAGGAAGACAAUAGGAAAUGUAACAGAAGCUGCUGCUGCUUAAGAUAAAAUCUUCAGAGAGAUUCAUCUCCUUGCAGAUUUUAACAGGUCACUACUCCAAUAUGAUUGACCGGCUGCUUUGUAAGCUCUAAUAAUUCUCCAAAUCACCCAAGGAAGAAUGAAUAAGUUGUAGUCAAAACAGAAUGUUAUAAGGAUUGUGUUGUGAAUCCUCAUUUUCAUUUCAGAAGUUCUCAUAAUCAAAAGCUAGUAGAUUUUAACUUGUUUCUGCAAUGGAUUUAAAAACAAGACAUAUUUUACGUGUUCAUUGUGCUUUGACAACUAAAGACGACAUACAGUCUGUUUUUUUAGUA